AUGAGCCUAUCCUCGUGUGGAAGUCUAGAUAUUCCGGACCAAUCCGAGCUCACUGACGUCGAAAGGACUCCUAGUCGAGCCAUUUUCAGCAGCCAGGCAGUGAAAUCCGAGGAGUCUCAAUUGGAUAGAUUCCGGAAAGUAGAGUUGUCUAAUAGGCGAUGGAAGCUCGGUCACGAUACGCGACCUGACGAGAGGAUGGAGCCUGAUUCUAGCCAAGCGCCGGACAGCAUCCCCCCCGACACCAUGAAAGCGACCCUUUCGCCAGUGCUAGUUGACGCUAAGCCGGCUAUCGUCGCACCCGUGUCUCGGGCGAGGGUCGGGCUCAAAGCCACGUCGGAAAAGAUUUUCGUGUCGGUCCGCGUGCGACCGUUGAAUAGGAAGGAGGCGGCGAGCGGGGAUAGGGUAGUGUGGCGGAUUCAGGAACCCAACACGCUCCAUUUCCUGGAGCCGCUUCCCGAACGGUCGCCGUACCCGGCUGCUUACACCUUCGACCGUGCGUUCGGUCCCGCGUGUCCAUCGGAUCGGGUCUACGAGGAAGGAGCCAAGAACAUUGUGCUGUCAGCGCUCUCCGGGAUCAACGCUUCGAUCUUUGCGUAUGGCAUGACAAGCAGUGGGAAGACUUACACCAUGGAAGCUAUUACUGAUCUUGCUGCUUGCGACAUCUUCACGCACAUUCGAAGUAGCCCGCAUCGCAGCUUCCUGGUGAAGCUGUCAGCCAUUGAGAUCUACAACGAGAUUGUCAGGGACCUCCUCAACCCUGACUCCGGGCCGCUCAGGCUCCUCGAUGAUCCCGAGAGAGGCACGGUGGUGGAGCGACUGACGGAGGUGGGCGUGGAGUCCAAGGGGGAGUUGCAGCAGCUGCUGGCGCAGUGUGCGGCGCACAGAGAGGUGGGCGAGACGUCCCUCAACGAUGCCAGCUCCAGAUCGCACCAGAUCAUUCGCCUGCUGGUGGAGAGCUGUCCCAGUGCAAUAUCACCAGCGGCACCACCUCCACCGCCGCCUCCGCCCACAUCUGUGCCAGCAGAUGCUGCUGCCGCCCAAACGCUCUCCGCCACGCUGAACUUUGUGGACCUGGCGGGCAGCGAGAGGGCGUCCCAGACGCACGUGGCGGGCACACGCCUCAAGGAGGGGUGCCACAUCAACAGAAGCCUGCUCACGCUCGCCACCGUGAUCCGCAAGCUGAGCACGGGCAGCAGGGCCAAGGCGGGGCACAUCCCCUACCGGGACUCCAAGCUCACGCGCAUCCUGCAGCAGUCGCUGGGGGGCAACGGGCGCACCGCCAUCAUCACCACCAUCAGCGCGGGGAGGACGCACCUGGACCAGACGCGCAACACCCUUGCGUUCGCGCUGAGGGCCAAGGAGGUCACCAACUCAGCGUGUGUCAACGUGGUGGUAACAGAUCGAGCGCUGGUGGAGCAGCUGCAGAGGGAGGUGGCGCGGCUGGAGGGCGAGAUGAGGCUGCGGCCAUCAAGAGAGCAGUUCCACCAGCAGGCUGUGCGCGUGCAGCAGUUGGAGGCGCAGCUAUCACAGGCAGCGAGGCAGCAGAGCGAGGCACUGGCGCAGGUGCAGCACCUCACACACGCGCUCUCCGCUGCCUCCUCCUGCCACAGCCGCUCCCAAGGCGGGUCCCAUGGCAGGCGACGGGCACACGCAGCCUGGCAGAGCGGCAAGGUUCACCCAAUCUCCAGCAUCAACGUCUCAGAAUCAUCUGACGACGAGGCGGACGGCUGGGAUCGCUUCACGCCAACCUGCUUCCCGGCAUCCAAGCCGUUGGAUCUCCUUCCCACGUGCUUCCCUGGUAGCUUCACCAGGCGACCCAGACCCAGCAAGCAGCAGAGGGAGAAAGACGCCUCCUUUCAUCCCUCCACUGCCGCCGCUGCCGCCGCUGCUGUUGCUGCUGCUGCGUCUCCUCCUGCUGCAUUUCUAGCACCCGAGGCGAACGGGAUGCAUACACAGGGGGUGAUGGAUGGGAAGGCAGCGCCAGGGGAAGGGGUGGCUCAGCUGGCAGGUGGGCUGGUUGUGGGCGGCAGAUGGUUGUCCUCUAGUAACAGUGGCUGCGAUGCUCCAGGGGACGGUGGUCACACCCGUGGGAUUUCCAAGUCGAGAUUUGCCAGCAGCAGCAGCAGCAUGGGCGGGAGGAGGGAGAGAGGCGAGGCUGGUGAAGCGGCCAUGGGGGUGAGCGGGAGGGUAGGAGAGCAGCAGGCGCGUGCAGCAAGGGGACGUAUGACAUGGGAGGAGCACGGGAGAGGGAGGGAGAGAGAACGCCACUCGGACCAGUACGAAGGAGAGGAACUCGGCGAGCGAGAAAUGAGCCAGGGGAGAAGGAGCAGGAGGCUAGGAAGGGACGCGGGAGACUCGUUUGGCAGAGAGAGCGUGUCCCGCCAGUCCCGCCAGUCCCUGCAGUCAGUUCAUUCUCUCCAGUCGCUGGAAGCGUGGGUGGCGGGGGACAGGGCUCGGGAGAGGCGGCGGCGGCGCAAGGCGGUGAGUGCCAAGGUGCUGGCGCUGAUGCAGGAGAUCCAGCGGCUGGAGAAGCUGCAGGACGCCCUGGGGGACGACGCUGCUGCGGAGGGAGUGCGGGAGCUUCAGGCUGCUGCUGACGUCGGGGUUGCAGGGAUGGGGUUUGACAUGGGGUGCCUGGCAGACCCCUCUGGCCUGACCCUCUCCUCCUUCCAGGACCUCCAGCGGAUGGAGUUUCUGUUUCAGUCGGCAGCCGAGGUGAACGUGGCGAGCAUCCGCACGUACGUGCUUGAACUGAAGGAGAUUGUAGCGAAGCUGCACUACCAGAAGCAGCUGCUCGUGAAGCAGGUGGUUGAGCUGGAGGCGGGUAGACUGGGCGAGGAGGAGGAGGAGGAGGAGGAGGAGGAGGAGGAGGAUGAGGAGGAGGAGGGAGAGGGAGUGGGAGCGGGGGACAGAGGUUGGGGCAGCGAGGAGGAGGAUAGAGGGAUGGGGAGAGCACAGGGGGUAAGGGUGGCGAGCAGAAGAGGAGGGAGGGGGCAGUGGAGCAGAACGGCUUCUGGAGCAGCAUGCAUUGAAUCAUCAACAACUGGCAACGCUCUUCCCCAUCUGCAUCAUCCUCGUCCCUCCCUAUUGACGCCACGCUGUGAAGCAGACUUCAGGGAGGAGAUGAGAGAGACUGUCGUGCUGUGGGACCGCUGCCAGGUGUCGCUCAUCCGACGCACGCAGCUGUUCCUCGUGCUGAUGCAAGGAGAGCCGUCGGAUCGGGUGUUCCUGCAGGUGGAGAGGCGCCGGCUGCAGUGGCUGGUGCAGCACGUGGGGAAAGAGGAAAAGGCAGCCAGGGAGAGGGAGCUCAGGAAGGAGAGGGAGUACCUAGCCCAGCGAAUGGCCCAUUGCUUCACACUCCACCACCGCCUCGAGCUCUUUCGCCAAUGGGGAAUUGCCACGUCAUCGCGCCAACGCAAGCGCCAGCUGGUUGUGCUCCUGUGGAGCCGGCCACUAGAUGAGCGCCACGUGGAGGCUAGCGCUCGGGUUGUAGGACAGCUGACUGGGAUGAUUGAAAGCAGUGUGGGGGAAGGUGGGGAGAAAGGGGGUGUGGCUGGUUGGAAGGGAAGCGGAGGGAGGGAUGUGUUGAGAUUGUGCAAGGAGAUGCUCGAAUUGCGGUUGAUUAGACCUGGCACGUCUUUCAGAAAGCAGCAAUAUUCCAGUUGUGUUCUCCGUUCGGACAUAUCCUGUCAUUCCUGGCCGCUCCAGAUGCGCCAGGUCGUCGCGACGAUGAACGGACUCUUUGAGAGGACGGAACCAGAAAACAGUAGAGUCGAGCUGCUCCGCUUGGAAGAAGGAGAACGCACGGCGAGGAUUGCAUAUUGGGAUGACGAUCAGAGCAAGGAGAUGGAGAAAAGAUGGCUUAUUAUUAUGGCUAUCCUCCUACGGAGCUCGACUGUCAGUGCGACGCAAGGACUUACGCUUCAUAUAGGCAUAAAGGAGCAGUCGAGCGGUUAUGCUGGUUCAUGCUUCUACGCUGCUACCGCUUCGAGGAGCAGCAAAAGAAUUAAAUUGGUUAUGAUACCGAAGGCGGACGCUCCAAUUGAUCAGAUCGUAGCCGUUGCGGGCUACGACGAAAGAGUCGGGACAUGA